AUCUCCCGGUAAAGCUCAUUAUAAAGUGGGGACGAAAGGCUUUCCUGUGUGCUCUUACCUGUGGAUGAAACAUAGCGUUAUGAAAUGACAUGACGUGGUUGUAUAGUUGCAUACCCGCUCCUGAGGUAACCCUGCGGUGAAACCCGAGCCCGACCUGAUGCCCGGUGACGUCGCGCAGCCGUCGGCUCUGGAGGUGGUGCGCUUCCUCGGCCAAACCUUUGGCGCAGGCGCGGCACUGACAGCUGCUGUCUACUUGCUCCGCAAAGUCUGUCUAAUAAUGGCCUGGAAAUCUGGAGGAACCAGUCACGCAGAGCUUGUUAACAACCUCCGCAAAAAUGGUAUUAUUAAGUCGGACAGGGUCUACGAGGUCAUGCUGGCAACAGACCGGGCACAUUUCUCUAGGUGUAACCCCUACAUGGACUCUCCACAGUCGAUAGGCUAUCAAGCGACCAUUAGUGCUCCACAUAUGCAUGCAUACGCCUUGGAGUUGCUUCACGACCAGCUGUACGAAGGAGCCAAGGCCCUAGACGUUGGAUCUGGUAGUGGCAUUUUAUCAGUCUGCUUUGCACGAAUGGUAGGUCCUAAAGGGAAAGUUAUAGGUAUUGAUCACAUCAAAGAGCUGGUAGAUGAUUCGAUAAAUAAUGUGAAGAAAGACGACCCCAGUUUAAUAAUGUCUGGAAGAAUCAAGUUAGUAGUUGGAGAUGGCCGUAUGGGCUGUCCUGAGGAGGCACCAUUUGAUGCCAUUCAUGUUGGAGCAGCAGCACCCACUGUUCCCCAAGCUCUCUUGGACCAGUUAAAACCGGGCGGGCGGCUCAUCCUGCCCGUGGGACCGGCCGGAGGGAACCAGAUGCUGGAGCAGUACGAUAAGCUGGAGGAUGGCAGCACCAAAAUGAAGCCCCUCAUGGGGGUGAUUUAUGUGCCUUUAACAGACAAAGACAAGCAGUGGUCCAGGGAUGAACUCUGAAGAUACCCAUGACAGCCCAUGACUCCAGUUUGAAGUUGUAAAAUCUCGAGACGGAGAGAAACUCUUCAUUUUGUUCAAACCAUAACUAAACCACAAUUUUUGUUCAGCUAAGGACUCACAGAGAAUCACAUGGAUGAUUUAUGACCUAUGCCGGACGAAGCGGCAGCAAAGAGAGACUGCUUUCAGCUUGGCACUGACAUAGCAAGAUAGAGGGAUUUUUUUAUUUAAUUUUUCAGGCUUGCAUCUUUUUUUGGUUAUGUAUUCUUAAACUGCUGGACUUUUGUGGUCUUCAUGAAUUGAUUGCAGUGGGCCAUUUUGACAGUAUUACAUUUCAGCAGCAUCAGAGCUGAAUGUAGGAGCAGCGCUUGGACACAGACGAGGGACGCCUGAGCCUUUUAGAUGCAAACUCCUGUUUGUGAGUGAGAGGUUGUAUAGUAAGUUAGCUUUUUAACAUGAGCUUUCCCAGCAGUAUUAUUAGCGUCACACAGAAGCUGAAAUAACAACACAUACAGUUUGCAGUGCAGCACUCCAUCACCCUGUAGGCCCUGUACUACAAAGAAACUUUUAACUGGACUUUGCAGCUCUACAAUUUUAUGUAAACAACACAAAAAUAUGAAUGUGUACCACUGACUUGGCUUGUGCAUACAUACUGUGAUGGAUUUGAAGCAUUUAAGUUUCAAUGUGUACUAAAGGCAUGCAAGUUCAACUGAAAUAUUCCAAUUUCCACAGUAUUGUAAUCUGUUGCAGGGAGCUCUGUAAUGCUUUUUCCAAAUGCCUGUCUGGCCAGUCAGACCCACUCACUUUGAAAAGUGAUUUGGAAACUUCUUCCAUUCAACAUGUCUUCCACUUCAGCUCACUAAAGCUCUGUGAAAUACUGCUACAGCUUUGUACUUUUGCCUUCUCAUUUUAGUUUUGUCAGUUCAAAACAAUCUAACCUUUAUGAAAAAUUUAUUUGCAUGGCUGACUGGAUAUUCUACAUAGGAACAGUCAAUAUAUGAUACUACCACAUUAGACCUAAUUGCGAGGACUCGAUCAACACUAACUGUAUUACAGAUGUAGAUUACAUUUUACAGGAAAGGUAUAAUUAAAGAUCACACUAAUAUACCCCUUUGUAGUACAGGGUUAUGAAGCCACAUAUGUGUUUGAUCCAAAGAUGUCUGCCCACCUGCACCAGAACCACACACUGGAUUGAGCUAUCCACUGCUGUGAGCUGCUGGCUUUCACGUUAACAACAGUUUGUGACAAACGCUGAACUAAAGCUAUAGGCACUGCUUUGCCAAAACAAGUCAAUAUCAAGCAAAAAUGAAUGUCUCUUUUUGUUGGGAAAGAAAACGUCAUACAUUCAAAAAGCACAUUUGAUUUGGGUGAUGAAAGUGUGGGAUGAUGUUUGGCCUUCAUAGUGUGGAAUGGCUUGAGAAAAUAAAGAAAUACUUACAUUUUG